AUGCUGGCCCUGUUUGGGACGGGGGCCGUCCUCCUGCGCGGUGCCGGCUGCACCAUCAACGACCUGUGGGACCGCGACCUGGACGGCCAAGUCGCACGCACGCGGCGCCGGCCGCUGGCGGCGGGGCUCCUCACCCCGCGCCAGGCCGUGGCUUUCCUGGGCCUGCAGCUGUCGGCGGGGCUGGCCAUCCUGCUGCAGCUCAACACAUACAGCCGGGUGCUGGGCGCGUCCUCGCUCUCCCUCGUCGUCGUAUACCCACUCAUGAAGCGGGUGUUUGGCUGGCCGCAGUUGGUUCUGGGCAUGGCCUUCAACUGGGGAGCCUUGCUGGGGUGGGCAGCGAUCCACGGAGCAUGCGAUUGGUCAGUGGUCCUGCCGCUGUACGGGGCUGGCAUCCUGUGGACCCUGGUGUACGACACCAUUUAUGCGCACCAGGACCAGGAGGACGAUGCCAAGAUUGGCAUCAGGUCCACCGCCCUGACCCUGGGAAGACACAGCAGGGCAGCAAUGUGGAGCUUUGCGGCCGGCACAGUGGGACUGCUGGGGUUCACGGGCUUCCAGGCCGGGUGUGGCGUCCCCUACUUCCUUGGGGUGGCCUCUGCCGGGGUUCACCUGGCCUGGCAGCUGGGCACAGUGAAUCUGGACGACCGAGCGGACUGUGGCGCCAAAUUUGACAGCAACAAGUGGGUCGGGGCCGCGGUAUUUGCCGGCACGGUGGCGGACAGGGUGCUGGGGGUGCUUCUUCCCCCUGCGACCGCCGUGGCCGGUCCCAUUUUGGAGAAGGGCAUCCGCAAUCUGUCCCGAGUGCUGGAGGGCUCGACCCUAUCCCCGGCACAUGGCGCCCCACACAUCGAUGAAUUGGCCAAGUUUCCCAGCCAAGUGCGCCCCUAUGCGGCCCUGGCUCGCCUCGACAAGCCCAUUGGUACCUGGCUCCUCCUCUGGCCCUGCUUCUGGUCCAUCGCUUUGGCUGCGCCGGCCGGGAGUCUCCCCGAUGUGGGUCUCCUCAUUUCUUUUGGCAUCGGAGCCACCGUAUUGCGUGGCGCGGGCUGCACUAUCAACGAUCUGUGCGACCGGGACCUGGACGGCAGCGUCGAGCGGACCCGAUCCCGGCCGCUGGCGGCGGGUGAUGUCAGCGUCGCACAAGCCAUCGCCUUCCUGGCGCUGCAAACCGCCGUCGGCGUUGGAUGGAUGGCCAGCCUGAACCCCUCCGCCCUCCAGCUGGGACUGUCGUCCCUGGGCCUGGUGGCGGCCUACCCCCUCAUGAAGCGCAUCACCGACUGGCCCCAGCUCUUCCUUGGCUUCACCUUCAAUUGGGGAGCCAUGAUGGGCUGGGCGGCGGUGCACGGGGACUGUGACUGGAAUGUGGUGGGACCCCUGUAUGUUGCAGGCAUCUUCUGGACCCUGGUGUACGACACCAUCUAUGCCAACCAGGACAAGGAGGACGACCGCGAGAUCGGGGUGCGUUCCUCCGCCCUGGCUCUGGGUUCGGCCAACCGAGCUGCCAUGUCGGCCUUUGCUGCCGCCUCGGUGGCCGGGCUGGCCGCCACCGGGGUGAUGGCGGGGUGCAGCGGCCCCUACUUUGGCGGGGUGGCCGCCGCCGGCGCGCACCUGGCCUGGCAGCUGGGCACCGUCGACUUGGGCGACCGCGCCGACUGCGGCGACAAGUUCCGCAGCAACACCUGGGUCGGCGCCGCGGUGUUCGCGGGUAUCGUCCUGGACCGCCUCGCCAUCUUCUGA